AUGGCAAUUUCCGGUCCUCUAUUCAUAGUUUGCAUCCUAAGCAUAUCGCUGACCAACCCAAAUCCAACGGUCGACUUUUUUCGACGAUUAAUGGGAAGGGUUCAUGGUUAUCAAACUCCACCAACAUCAGGACAGUUGUCGGAAGGGAAUGCAGAUCCUGAUUCUGAAUCAACCCAAGCCAAGCCAUUGUUCGAACUGCCUUCAUGGACAUUCCAUUUUAACUUUCCAUUUUAUAAUUCACGUCCGGCCUUCCCACCCCCACCACAAUUCCCUCCGGAUAACAACAUACAAGAGAACGGGGCCCUGCCCGAGUAUUAUUACGGAGACGGAGAUGCUGAAGGCAAUAGUCUGUCUGCAAUGACUGAAAACCCCCCGACCACCAUUAUCACUGUAACUCCAGCCCUGAUGACAACUACUCAAAAUGAGCACACGACAGUGCAUGUAUUUGAUCACGGUACAAGCCUUGAGACAACCCAUCCCGAUUUGUCGCACCACCAGAGUGAUGCGACGAGUCAAGAAUAUAUGCACACCACAAAGAUGCCGAAGGUAUUGGAGGAGUCGACUACGCAUACAAUCGUAACAAGCCAUGAAACCACCCAUCAAACUACCAAUUUUAUCCAAUCUACAAGUGAUGCCACCACUUUGCAUGAUUCCUCCUCGACAAUUCAUGAAAUAAACACUCACACUUCUACCAGUCAUGAAGUCACACAACAUACCCCUCCAAGUGUCGAGACGACUUAUUUUAUCCCUUCCACAAAUACUGAGACCACGCAACAUACUUCUUCUACAGGUUAUUAUACCACUGACCACACUUCCACCAAUAAUCCUCCAAUAAACCUAGAAAGUCAUUCUACAAGUCCAUCAUCAAGUCCUGAGAGUUUAACACAGUCGACGAGCCCUGGGACGAUUUAUACCACCUCAGUGACAAGCCAGGAUUCAACCCUCUACGAUCCAUCGACAAGCAACAAAACCACUUACCAAGUGACUACAAUAAGUCCAGUCCAGGAUACUUCUUCAACAAAUCAUGAGACACACAACCCCGAAACAAGCUACGGGACCACAGAUUUUAUGUUCUCGACCACUCACGACGUCACAUUCCACCCUCCUUCGAGCUAUGCAACUACACCUGUCACCACAAGCCAAGAGUCGACCCAUUACACUCCAUCAACAAGUCAUGAACCUACCUAUCAUUAUUCUUCGACGAAUUAUGAAUCAACGCCCACAAUUUAUGACUCGACAUCCUUCAGUCCAUCGAUAAGUUAUUCUUCGACGAAUCAUGAAUCUACAUCAACCAAUAUGGCACCGAACAAUCCAUCCACAAGUCAUUCCUCCAUUAGUCAUGAAAGCACAUCAGACAAUCCAUUAACAAUUUAUUCUUCAAUUAGUCAUGAAACGACAUCGGACAAUCCAUCGACUAGUUACAAACCCACAGAGGAGAUUUCUUCCAUAAGUCGUGAAACCACCCACUACAUGCCUACAAGUAGCGAGACCUCCCAUAUUACUCCUACAAAUUACGAGACUACGCAUUACCCUCUUACAAGUAGUGAGACAACCACUUCUUCCACAAACCAUGAAUUGACUACGUAUGACAUUUCUACAAAAAAUCAUGAAGAGUUUAUGAACUACACUCAACCAGAUCCAUCGACUCAGAUGCCAAUAACUACGACGUCAAAUGCUACGGACAGCGGUCCAACGCACGGCACUUCUGAAGUUACACAUAUGCCGAGUAUUAAAACAACACAUGAUUCGACACUCGAAGUAAAAUCUCAUGUCAAUGAUACGACAACUUCUUAUUCGACAGGUUUGACUAAUGGUGAGACAACAUUACCUGUCGAACACAUCAGCACAACCCAUCCAUCUACAAGAGACGAAUCAAUUCAGACCACCGAAGGGACUCAUAGCUCUGCGCAAACACAACCCACUUCGUCGCCAGAGUCACUUGGCACCACAACCAAAUCCUUAAUUGAUCAGAAUGACCACACGGCGAAUUUAACCUCCUUUCCUGGAGUAACAGCCAGCGUUCACUCCGAAGAGACCUCGACAAACGGGCAACCUAACAUUUCAAGACCAGCAUUUGCGAUUGGUUCUACUACAAUAGUCAAUACUAAUGAGAAUACUCAUGAAAUGGAAACAACAGUCAAAAGCAGUACACUAUUUGAUGCAACAGGUGCAGAGGACGCCGCACAUACAACACUCACCGUUAAUCCCAACAUGAAUGAAACGUCCACCAUUGCUAUUUCCAGCUUGAGCACCAUAGCAAAUGGACACCUGCUUGCAACCACCGAAAUCUCGCCUCGUGAAAUGAAUGAAAGUUUGACACAUUUCAGCAGAAGCGAUGUAACGCCUACUCAAACCACAACAAGUGCAGCUCUGACUGAAAGUUUUGGGAGCCAUACUCAGGCCGUUUCAGAAAGCAGAGUCACAACGGGAGGAUCCAACGACGUUUUUACCAGUUCCAGCUCCUCGCAAUCAAGUAUAAAUGCAGUAAGUUCCCACCCAACUGACGAUUACUCUGCCACACAUUCCAACAUUUAUUCUACAACGGAAUCAACGGGACAUGUUAUUUCCAUAACCAUUACUAACAACAACAUUCAGGAGGAGAGUACAGCGAGUUUGCAUACAAAUUCUUUCAUGGAGAAAGUCACUGCUCCAUCAUUUCCAUCAACGACUGAGAAUCCAACCACGAGCAACAACUCGACAAUAAGUGGUUCAGACAUUUCAAUGGCGACGGCAACCUCAACGGAAUUAUUAAUUCCAAGCACCACUGAAAGCUCAAGAGAUGCUUUAUCUCCAAACAAACAUCAACCAAACCAAAAUUCUGAGGGGCACAGCUCGGACACUACAAAAUCGGAAAAUAUGGGGAGUGAUAAUGACGGGUCAACUUUCUCCAGAGAAGGAAUGACCACGGGUACAACAGAACUGCCAGCAUUUCCAACGAGAGAAAUGAAACCUGAUCAUGAAAGCACUAUUAACGGUCCAAAACCAAAACCAACGAUGAAUAAGAAAGAUUCAGCUGAAGAUAACGAAAAGGGAACCACCCACAGUGGGGUUGAGGGUGCUAAUUUUCGUGUCGAAAAUCCAGAGACAUCGCUUUUGGAAACAGAUUCUAGCCCCAAAAUUGGACAAAGAAGAAUCUUACAAGACGGGAAUCAGAUUGAGCGACCAAAGUGAACCAUGAUUUUAUUCUUUGUUGUUUUAAAAGUGUCGGACGACAUUUUUAAUUAUGUAUUGAAUUGAAAGAUUUUGCAACAGUUCGUUCGAAUUGCAUUCUUCAUUAGACACAAUGUUGUAAAAAUAAAUAUCUAUGCAAUAUCAGUAAACAUUAGGUGUUACGAAUAAAAUAAAAAUAUUGUCUGAU